AUGGAGUUCAAUGUCCGGGUUAUCGAGAUGAGCAAGAUCUACGGUUUCAACACUCGCACUCAAACACCCUAUGAACGUGAUCCAAGUGAUCGCAUUCACCCCGGAAUCAACGGCUUCUCCUGCAUCAUCUCAGUGUUCGAAUGUUCCAUCGACGCCACCAUUGCUGAGACCCUCCGCACAAGCCAAGUUUUUGCUCGCGCCUACGUCCUCAAUCGCUACAGGCCCAACACCGAUUAUCACGAGUUGUCCUCUUGUCUGGGAAAGGCGUUAGCAUCAGUCUCAGCAGCCAUCAAUGACCCGAAGGCCCACAUGUCAGAUGCAACUAUUGUUGCGGUGUGGUUUCUGGGCAACUACGAGCUGCUCAUGGGAGGUCUCGAGAGGAGGUCCUUCGUAACCCCUCAAGAAAAGGCCAUAUCUUCUUCUCCCGGCUGGUACAUCCACACUCAUGGUUUGAUGAGCCUCCUUCGUGCAAGAGGCGAUGCACAACUAUUCACAAGAUCCGGUCGGCAAAUUUUCUGGACCAUGCACAACAUCAUUCAAAUCCGAUGCACGACAAUCAACGAACCAUGCCCACCGGAAUUCGACCGUUGGUUCAAAAUCAUUGCUAAGACUUUGCAGCCUGGAGAAGCUUUGCUACUGGAAACCGGUCGUUACAUUGCGGCGACAUGCUCUCUUCUAUCCAAAAUGAUGCCUAUUGCGCGUCUGGGAGAUGCCCAACAGGCAUGCGCUCAGUAUGAAGAGCUGCUUGCUGAAUGCGACAAGGCUGAACUCGCUAUGUUGGAAUGGAUCCAAUCAGCACCUCAAUACCAAUUUGAAUCUGGGCCAGUAUUCCACUACUUCUGGAGUUCUUGGAGAAGUGCUCGAAUCAAGCUACAUCACAUGCUGAUUCUCGUCGCAAAUAUCGUCGAACACGCACCGGAGUGCCCCUUCCAGCGGGAGGCCCUGAGAGCCCGCCGUGAGCUGUGCCUCGAGAUCAUCGGAGCCACAGCCCAAGAUGUUGUGGACGGGAUACCAAAGUCCCUCGGUGGAAGCAUGUCAGACAUGGACCCGCAAUCUCCUGCCGCUUACUUUGACGCGCUUCGACUAAUUUGGCCGUUGAGCCAGGUCUACGUCAUGCCGACCGUUCCAAGACACAUGAGGAAAAUUGCAAGGAAUGCGCUAUAUCGCAUAGGGAGAGAAAAAGGCAUUCUGGUGGCUUUGCAGCCGCGGCCUGGUGGCAUACACUUUCCUCCUGAGGCCAUGGCUGGUAUUUGUGUAGAUGACUUGGGAGACCAGGAACAUCUGCCAAACGAUCUGUCGGAUACUGGGCCCCAAAGCCCUUGA